UACUCGCGGCGCGUGGAGUAUCCUCCGUUUCGCGGCGGUCAAACGUGGAGACGUCAGCGGGAAGCCGGGACAACAGCCUCAAGUACACAAGAUAGUGAUGUGUCCCGAAGACCACCAUGAAUAGGACCAUCCUCCGCGUAACGUACCGAGUAUGUUCUGCGAGGCAGUCAACGAUACUCCUGGCGUUGACGAAGGUAGAGAGGAUGGAGGCGAGGAUAUCGCCGUAUCCGACGAAUGUACACGUCGGAAUGUCGAAGAGCACAGAACAGCAUUGCUGAUAGAUACACCAUAUCAGAUCCUAUACAGAUCUUCGCGACGUCACACCGGAAUUCACCCUCCCCUUCUACUCCUCGACGAUCUCCUCGGUUCCACAUGCCCGUCGUUGGACGACACCUCCGAAGCACAUCGUCCAAACCAACCAGCCCGCCCAACCAACAAGCCCUGGCAUGACGUCGUCCUGCUCGAGGUCGAGGUGCGUAGGUGCCGAUGGCGGCACCCCAGUCGUAGUCGUCGGAUUGACCAUCGUCGUAGUGCGGCGACACUGGCCGAUCGCUACGCGGAGCCAUGGGCGUCCCCAUCUGGUCAGUCGACUGAUGCCCCACGCCCACGCUCCCGCCCAUGCUGGGUCUUCGGUGGGAUUCUGCCUGAACGGCUCGAGAGGGCGGGUGUCGGCGCGGGCUCCUAUGCCCAAUCCAACGCGGGCGUGCUGAUCCACACUGGAUUCAAGAUGGUUCCCGGGUGGAAGGCCGGUUGGUACUGGGCGGCGACCAGGCGUUGCCUACUCUCGAUGAGGCGCUGCCUACUCUCGACCAGGUGCUGCCUGCUAUCGACCAGGUGCUGCCUGCCGACAGGGAGGAGGAACAUUCUGUGGCACAGAGCUGUGAGUGCACAUCCAUUCACGAUUCUGAUCGCCAUGACUUACCUCUCUGUCGUGGCUGUCUGCUGUCGUUAAUGGUAUGUACUCGAAGAGCCCGCAGUCGAGGCACCAGACGGUACAUCGGGAUGGCUGUCCCUUGGCGUAGAGACGGUGCACCCGGGCGU